AAAAGGAGAUAUGACAUCACGUCAUUUGUAGAUGUUUGUGUCCUGAAGUGAGUUUUCCUGCAGAUCCCUUUUAGCUGUACAUGAUAUCACCACGUAGUGUGUGUGUGUAUUUUUAUAUAUAUAUAUAUAUAUAUAUAUAUAUAUAUAUAUAUAGUAAUGUAUGUAAAUGAAUGCAGCUUCUCCAAUAGGAGUGAAUGGAGGUUUAAUGAAUCAAUACCAUAUGUUAACAAACCUCUAGAAUAUCUCCAGUGGCCAUUUCAGUGUGUUUAACAUAUGUGCUAAAAAAUUAGACUAUCAAGUGCCUUGAGGUGCCGAAUUCGAUAAGCCAAAAAAAGCUGUUCAACAGUGACCCAAAUGUGUAUUGUGAUCACCGAGUACUUUUUGGCUCUAUAGAGAAAAUAUAACUUCCCUCCCAAAGGUCCAAAAACCCAUUUGCAGGGGAAAGAAUCAGACAAAAGUGUACUAUUGUGAUUGAGCUGAAUUGAAAAAUAUCCGUUUUGGUCAAAAAGGAGCCAAUAACUCAGCUCCCGAUAGAUUGAGAUCGAGGACUGUAUCAGUAAAUGAAGGAAUUAAAACAAAGUAAAAAAAUAAAUAUACAUACAUACUAACAUUUAUAUAUUUGCAGAAUAAUACAAACAUUUAGAAGCCAGAUGUUAACUUGUAUUCAUUUGUCUCCUGGGAGACCAUGUUUUAUUUACAUUAAUUGCAAAGGGUUUUGUUAAGGUUUAUAUGUAAAUAAUAAUGAGCUGUGUAUAUUCUGUGUUUUGCAUUUUUCAUACGUAAAUGAUAUUUUAUUCCUCAGGUCGCAUUAUCCGCUUGUCGCCAUAGGAUGGCAGAGAAAGAGGCAAGCAGACUGGAAAAAGAACAUGUUCAUAAAGUAUAUGAGAGGAUUGCUCCUUACUUCAAUGAUAAACGAUACAAAGCCUGGCCAAGGGUGCAGGAGUUCCUCUUAGCCCAGGAAACUGGAAGUCUAAUUGCAGACAUAGGAUGUGGAAAUGGCAAAUAUCUUAAUAUCAACUCUGAGGUAUAUAAAGUUGGAUGUGAUUGCUGCGUUCCUUUGGCAGUGGCUGCACGAAAUCAGGGUUUUGAAGUAAUGGUGUGUGAUGGGCUUCGCCUACCAUAUCGAACAGGUUGCUUUGAUAUUGUACUUUCUGUAGCAGUAAUCCAUCAUUUCUCAACUAAGGAACGUCGCAUUCGAGCUAUUAAAGAGAUGUCAAGGAUUUUAAAAGUUGGUGGACAGCUUAUGAUUUACGUAUGGGCAAUGGAGCAAGAAACAAGAAAAUUUGAAAAGCAAGAUGUGUUUAUUCCCUUUUAUCUGGAGUCUACAUCAGCUAGAGUCUCUUCAAAGAAGAAAGAUGCAUUUAUUCCCUUUUAUCUGGAGUCUAAAUCAGCUAGAGCUUCUUCAAAGAAGCUUACACAAUCUGUAACUUCAAUCUGUAGCAAUUUUCCUUCAAACAGACAAUUAAACAAUGUAACAAGCACCCUAAAAAAUCAAAGGACAAAAGGUUCAUCUCUUGAAGAAAAAGAAGCAUGUGAAUAUUCAUUUGAGAAACUUUUUCAAACAAAAUUUUUGUCCCAUUCUCUGGAUUCAGGACUCAAUGACAAUAGUAAAUAUGGAAGCACUGGUCAAAAGUGUGAAAGGCUUCUUACAAAAUGUUGUGGUUACUGUACUCAGAGUAACAGAUCUUCAUGUCAUAGCCUUUAUGAAAAGCCCAGUCCUAAUGUGUUUUUAAGACUCGUCGGUGGAUUUUUUUCAAAGUACAUGAAAAGUAUUGAAAGUGAUACAUUUAAUAUGAAUGAUAAAACAAUACUGCCAUCAUUUAGCACCUACCCAGACAAAGUGCCUUAUUGUUCAAAAAUAAUAACAGACUUCAAAAAAUGUGCCUUGCCGGAUUGUAAUGGUAAAGCUAAUGAAAUGUAUCUUCCAAUUAAACACAGAGAUCUUCAUGAAGCUGAAACUGAUACAUCCGAGAAUUCCAACCAUUCCAGUACAUCUGGAGUGCAACAUCAUCUCACACAAAGUGUAAAUGGAACAUGCCUGCGCUACUAUCAUAUUUUUAAAAAGGGGGAAUUAAAUGAACUCAUAGAACAAUAUAUUCCAGAACUGCAAGUUGUGGAGACCUACUUUGACCAUUCUAAUUGGUGUGUUAUAGCUGAAAAAAAAUCUAAUUUGUAUGAUCUAACCUAUAGUUGAGAGCUUGUAUAUUGUUUUUAUAAUAUCUUAAUUUUUUUUAAAAAUGUAUUUAAGUUUAACUCUUGCUUUUCUAAUUAAGUUAUUUAGAUUUUUUUAUCAUUUUAAAGACUUGUGGAUAUUUAAUAAAAUUUGAUUGAGAAAAGA